AUGAACAGCGCGGCCGAGACAGACGCCGGCGGCGAGAGCGGCAACAACCCAGCAGCCACGGUGGUCGUGGUCGAGCGCGUGGUGACGGUGGAGUACAUGGGGCAGUCCAUGUCGCGGAACCUCCUCGGCAAGUUCGCCGACUCCUCCGCCUUCGACUUCGACUACGCCCAGAGCGGCAUCUGGUCCCCGGUCAACAAGAUCCCCAGCGCGUCGCCGGCCUCCGGAGCUGGCUCCAGGGACUUCCUCAUCGCCAAGUGGAAGCGCCGGGCGAGGGCCGGAAGCAGGCUGAAGGCCAAGGACGCUGCCGCCGGCGCCGGAGGAAGCAGCAGGUCGAGGUGGCGGCGCCGGCGGCUGCGGCGGGACGGGUCCUUCCUCGACCUCCACGAGACGGGCAUGCCGAAGCUGGAUUUCUCGCCGACCAUGCCAUCGCCUUCCCCCGCCAAGCAGGGAUGGAGGAAGGUGCUCAGGGCGGCCAUCAGGAAGUUCAAGGCGCGGCACCGACGGUCCCGGCCGGCUCCCCUGCUGCACAUGAUGCUGCCAACGCUCUGA